GUUCUCUAUGAAUACCUCGGCUGCAUCGAGAAUGGUGUCAUCAAGAUGCCUUCGGAUCUGAUAUUUGCCGUUGCAUCCAGCGGACUUCUGGCAGAAAAGACUGGGGACAAGAUGGAAAGCUACAAUGAUGCAGCGACGCUGGCCCUCAACGCCGGCAAAGCCGUUGCCAAAGCCCAAGGCCAGAAUCUUGGCACCAGCAAUUUUUGCAGACUAUAA